CACAACUUAAAGCUUGUGACCCGCGUAGAAAGCUAAACUAAGCCCUCUUUCUACUCCCUUCUUAACAAAAGCCUCCCAAAAACCCUAAAAACAGAGCUUUCGUUUGAUUGAUCAGCAACAAUGGCAACGGCUUCUCUGGACGAAGGAACAGCUAAGGAAGUCCUUAGACAGGUGGAGUUUUACUUCAGUGAUAGCAAUCUCCCAAGAGAUAAUUUUAUGAGGAAUAAUAUCAAUGAAAGCGAAGAUGGCAUGGUGAGUCUGUCUUUGAUAUGCUCUUUCAAAAAGAUGAAAGGUUAUCUCAAGUUGCAAGAUGUAAAGCCAGAAGACGUUCCUGAACAUACUGUUCAGGCUGUUGCUGAUACUCUUAGGAAAUCCACUUCUCUUAAGAUCUCUGAAGAUGGGAAGAAAGUUGGUAGGAUUGCUGCUCUUUUAAAGCCAGAAGAGGCGAUAGAGCAAUUAGACAUAAGAACAAUUGCUGCAUCGCCACUACAGUAUGAUGCAAAAAUGGAAGAUGUUCAAUCGUUUUUCGGACAAUACGCCAAGGUCUCUAGUGUGAGGAUGCCUCGCCAUGUAGCUGACAAAAGGGUAUUUUGUGGUUCUGCUUUGAUUGAGUUCUCAAAUGAGGAAGAUACUGAAAAUGUUUUAAAGCAAAGUUUGGUUUUUAAAGGUGUACAGUUAGAGCUAAAGCCAAAGAAGGAAUUUGAUUCAGAAAGAAUUAAACAAGAAGAGGAAUUCAAAAGUUCCCGUCCAUUUUCAGGUUCAAAUAACAAGAACAAUGCAGAAGCAACUUAUCCCAAGGGUUUGGUGGUUGCCUUUACAUUAAAGGGUGUUUCAGCUGGUGGAUCUGUAGAACAGGAUGGUGGUCAAGAGCCUGUCAGUGUUGAUGCAAAUGCCAGCAAAGCAGAUGGAGAACCAAAAUCCUUAGAAAAUGCUAGUGAAGAAAAUAAAGAAAAGUUGUCAGAGAAUAUCUCUGCCGAUAAAGAAAAUGAUGAGAUGAAUAUUGAGGAGGAGAAGGAAGAAAAGAUUGAUGAGGAAAAUGGCUCCGAGAAUGUCUCUGCUGAUAAAGAAAAUCAUGAAAUGAAUAUUGAGGAGGUGAAGGAAGAAAAAAUUGAUGGGGAAAAUGGUUCCGAAAGUAAGGGAACAGAAACAGAAGGAAAGUCGUCUGAAGAUCCCAUUGCAAAGGAGAAAAAGAAAGAGGAGCAUGUCAAAGCUGAUUCCUACAGGGAUAACAUGAAUGUUGUAAUGCGUGAGGAUCUGAAAGCUAUCUUUGAAAAAUUUGGCACUGUCAAGUAUAUCGAUUUCAAGAUUGGGGAAGAAUCAGGAUAUGUUAGAUUUGAGCAACCUGAAGCAGCUCAGAAAGCACGGGCAGCUGCGGUCCUAGCUAAAGAUGGUGGCCUUGCCGUAAAGAAUUUUAUUGCUAUUUUAGAACCAGUGACUGGUGAGGCAGAGAAGGAAUAUUGGAGCCUUCUCCGAGGCAAUCAAGAAAAGCAUCGGGGAAAUAUGGGUAACCGAGGAAGGGGAGGAAAACACUUUAGAGGCGGUAAACAUUCUCGGUCUAGAGAUAAUUACUCUGGCGGACGGCCAAAUAAAGCUCAGAAAGUCUGAGGUAAAAGAGUAAAGGCUAUCAGUUAUCAGUUUUCGAUGUCAAUUUUGUAUGGCACCCUCCAGAAGUCCAGAUUGCGCGGCACCCUCCAGAGUUUUAUAAUGGGAGAACAACUAAACUGUGCUUGAUCUCCCAGAUAUUUAUUAUCUUUAAGUUCAGGUCGUGCUUCAUCAGAUACAAUAAUGCAUUAAUUUUUCUUUUGCCUUUUCAAUUGUAACUGAGAUUUUGAUCGGGAAAACUAUUCCAUAGGUGCAAAUGAUAUUGGACUUCAAACUUAAUUAAAGUAAGAUGAUAUACUUGGUCUCA